GAUCAUGCAUUCAUGUGCCUUCUGUUGCCUCGCACACAAGGGCAAGGCCCCUCCCUCCUCUUUCUUUAUUUCUGAAAACGCUGUUUCUGUUCGCAGAUUCUCCUUCAAAAUCUAUGUUUCUUCUGAAAAGUGAAAGAAAACACUCACUGUGAAAGUGUUUUCCAGAGGUGAGAGUGAGAGAGGAAAACAGCAGCGAGUGGGGAAUGGAGAUCUUGCCAGUUGCUGCUUGUAAUAACUACAGACGCACGAGAUGGCAGUGGAGGCGUUUGCUGCCAGAGUAACGACUGCCUCUUUGUCUACUUUGCCUUUGACAGCUUCACCUUUACCUUUUUCCUACUUUUUUUUCUUCACUCCUCACGUCCCACAAACAACCCGGCCUUGCUUCAGUUCAGUUGCUUCUCCCUUUGGUUUUGAAUUUAGCCUUUUGUCCCCGGGAGGAAGCUGGAAACAACACCUCUGUUCUGUCCUCGAGCCACUGCAGUCGCAGCAGACAGUGGUCUGAGAAUCAUGAGCUUGUCAAUUGAGAGUUUUUGAUGUAAUAAUACUAGUGUUUGUUUGACUCGAUGAGUCCUUGAUUAAUUACACGAAGAGAUUGAGACUCCUUGCUCUGUGAUCGGCCAAGAAAGUGAAUCUCCAUAGAUUGGAUGAUGAUCGGAGGCAUCAGGGUGAGGGAUUUCCCUUCUUGCUUCGGCGAGAGCGGAGUUCAGGUCUCCGAUUCUUCGUCGUCUUCGGGGGGCAACAGCAAAUCUGCCCAGAACCUCGUGACUUGCCUCUACCAAGCUCAGCUCUUCGGUCGUUCCUGCGCGAUCAAUGUCACCUGGAGCAAGAACCUGAUGGGCCAAGGGCUCACCGUCGAGCUCGAUGACUUAGCCGGCGAGUCGCCCUUCAAGGUAGAGAUCAAGACAUGGCUGUUCUCCAAGAGAAAGGGCUCCAAGAGCUCCGACUUGGAGGAAGGCAAGGUACACCUCUUUUGGGAUCUCUCUGCGGCCAAGUUUGGCCCAGGGCCUGAGCCACUAGAAAGCUACUACGUCGCCGUCGUUGUCGAUCGCGAGCUCGUCCUCCUGCUCGGCGAUCUGACCCACGAAGCCUACCAGAAGACGAACGCCACACCUCCUCCGUCCAACGCAGCGCUCAUAGCCAAGAGGGAGCACAUCUACGGCAGGAAUUCCUACUCGACGAAGGCUCAAUUCUGCGACAACGGCAACUCCCACGAUGUUUCGAUAGAGUGCGACACGCUCGGAGUGAAGGAUCCAUGCCUCGAGAUAUGCAUCGACAGGAAAAGGGUGGUGCAGGUCAAGCGACUCGCGUGGAAAUUCCGCGGGAACCAGACGAUCCUCGUCGACGGCCUCCCCGUGGAGGUCUUCUGGGACGUCCACAGUUGGCUCUUCGGCCCCCCGAACAGGAGCGCCGCCGUCUUCAUGUUUCAGACAUGUCUCUCGGCCGAGAAAUUCUUGCCUUGGUCUGCAACAUCGCAGCUCCUGAAGCAACCUCAGCAGCAGAGCCUUGGUUUCUCUUUCAUACUCUAUGCUUGGAAAAGUGAACAGGUAUAGAAAACAAGUAAAGGAGUGAGUUAAGUCUACUUAAUUAAUUACGUCUUUAAUUGGUUUUCUUGAGUGCUGACAGAAAUCGAAAUCCAGUGAGAAGCUUGUUUUAGUGAACGGGUGUGAAGUCCAUUUACCUUCUGUUCUGGGAUAAAGAUGUGUGCAUGAAAUUAAUGUUUGAUAGAUAGUUCGUUCAUCAUUA